ACACAUGUCGCUUAUUCCCGAUCCCGGAUUCAGCACCACGCUUAGAGCGCCGAAUGCUCCCUGUCGUCCUUACCGCCCAGUUUCCUGCAGAUGCAAAUGGCAUUGAGGUCGACUUGCGGGGCGUCCUAGAAGGAGUUCCCUCAGGAGAUGGAGUUUUUUCUUCCGCAGGAGAUUGAUGGGUGCAAGUGUCUGGUUGAAUUUGUGCAGCUGGCAAUAGACCUCGAGGGGCAGAUGCCGCUGAAACCAUUCUUGGUUUCACCAGGUGAACUCUGUUGCGCUCGUCGUUCUCAAUGCAGAUGCGCUUUGAAGAGAUUGCUCGAGCUGCACGUGGACUUAACUCACCAAACCUACCCGACACUGUGCGUCCGCUUAUACUUAAUCUUUUAGAGUGAAAGUACGACUUCCAUCCGCUCCUCGCAGAUGUCGAUCUGGAGGGGGGCUCAAGCGGGGAUGGGGCGAGGAACUCGUGGGGUCGUGAUGGGUCGUCAAACGAGAAAUUGUUCGAAUCAGUUGGUGUAUUCAACGCAGAAUCGGGUCGAAAUUGUUGUAGUGUUGCAGACCUCUGAUGGCUCGUAGCAGGUCUGCGAAGAACAGGUAGGAUCUGUAAGUGAGAUUUCGCACGCCGCCGCGGUAAAGGAUCUGGAUCGAUGCGGGUUGAGGUAGAUCGCUUGACGAGCUUGUUUGGGGGGAGUGUUGCUGUUGUAGGAUUGCGCAAGAUAGGUGCAGCUGAACCGUGGGAAAAGAUGGAAGGCGCGUCAGGACCUAUACUGGACCUUGUGCUUUCGUGACGAGACAGUGGGCGAAUGGAGAGACGCCUUAUCCAAGAUCCAUUGGAAGAGAUUGAGUCUCUAGACUCGGGGAUAAUGGCCGGAGAGUCGGUCUGCCUCACAAACGAAGAGUUCCUACUGAUGGCCAGAGGAGGGGGAGUCGACUGUGUCUGUGGCAUAGGCGGUCGCUGGUAACGGGAGAGGGGAGGUCUCGAGGCAGUAGUUGGGCGCGGGAGUGUGUGAUAGUGCGAGGCGCCGAGAGCAGAGGCAACGGUGUUGCUCGUAGCGGGCCGUGGGGAAGCAAAGUUGCCAGGCGAUUGCGAUUGCUUGCUUGGCUCGCGGUCUAUCGAGACUCGUCUGGAAUGAGAAGGACGUCGAGUCGAGUGAGAGAAAGAGUUGAGUUCAGUGGUGGGCUGGCCGAAAACCAAACCACUGGCCGCUGCAGCGAUGGCAGUGCCAGUUCCAACAAGCUGAAUAGAUAAACACGGUCAAUUACUGCUGCAGCAGGAAAGAUGGUGGGUAAGCCACUUUAGAAAGAGGGUUUGAGGCGAUCCAAGAGAAGUGUAGGAUAGGGCAGAAUUGGGGUGGGAUAGGUUAAAGUCUAUAACAGCGCCAUGUGAUGGCUGGUGUGGUGGUGAUGAUCCUUGGUUGAUUCGAUGUGAUUGUGGAUUGGUUUUGCGGGGAGGACAAAGCUAGCAACAAACUUACACUUGGAACGGUCUGCAUAGUAGCUUCCAUUGCGAGGGAAGCCGACGCUCUACUCAAGCGAGAGAGAGAAUUGCAGCGACUAGCAUUCUAGAGGCGGAGGAUGGCGGUGCUGGAAACGGAGGUGAUACUCAUCGUCGUUCAAGCCAUGGACCUGAGAGAUCUCAAUGGAGGCGACAAACCUGAAGGCUCGAGAAGCCGUUGUAACCCACACACCCAAGCGCUCCAAAGGUCCCCCGACUUUGAGAGAAAGGAAGAGUAGCCCCGGGAGAACGAUGCGAAGUCGGAAAGAAGCUAGGCGAAACCUGAUUCUGGCCGAACAAACAAAACAAUGCGAAGCAAACAAACAGGCAGACCGACAGCAAGCAAAUCGAUGCCUUCUCUCCCCGAAGAACCUCGGCGUCAAUCAGUGGCCUGUGUCUCUUCUGACUUCCAAAGGGGGUUUAAAAGAAAGACGGAGAAAGGGCUUGGGCUUGGAUAAGGAAUAUGAGAGACGAAACUUCUGGGCUGAGCUGAGAGUUUGAGGUUGAUUAGGCCCAGGUCGCGGGAGCGACUGUCGAAAACAAAACUCGGCUGGCAGCUGCGGCCGCGGAUGCGUAAGUACCUACCUACUGUAGGUGGCAGGUACCUUGCCUUUUAGCGACAGUGCACCUCAGUGUUGGUGCCAGUGAUAGUGGGGAGAUGGAAAAUGGAGAACCUGGGCCGCCUAGGCCUAUAGAACGAACGAAUGAUUUGUGCAGUGGGAAAGGGAGAGACUAUUUAGUUGGAAGUAUAAUUGACGUCGAAAAGAAGUUUGGCGUUGUCUUUGCAGCGUCUUCUUUCGCCCUGUU